ACUCCCGCUAGAAGCAACUUGCGCCCGAACUAAUUUGGGGUUUAUCACUCCUAGCUAUGCCCUACCUAACCAUCAUAUUCCUGACCGAAAAGCUUUUUAUCACCUCGGGUGGUUCCCUCGUAAGAUCAGGCUAGAACUUUCAUUUUAAAAUAAAUAAAAACAAAGUGAAUUUAAAUUUUCAAAAGAAAACGUCAACUUUUUAUGUCUGCAUGACAUAUAUUUAUUACAGAUAUGCUAUUCACGUCAUUAUCCUUAUUUGUCUUUUUCUCUCUAAUAGUUCUGUUCAUGAGAAUGUAGAGAAGGAUUGAAUAAACGGAUAUUCUCAUAAUAUUGUUUGUCAAGCUAACAUCAUAUUAUCUUUUACAUUUAAAUUAUUCAAUUUUUAAUUUAGUUUCUUUUUUUUUUUUGAAAGUAGAAUAAAGAUAAAGUUUGGGUCUUAUGCGGAAUUGUUGGUUGAUGUUUCUGAUUAAAAUAAUCAAUCAUAAGUUUGAAGUACAAUUAUAUCAAAAUGUAUUCUUCAGACAUAGCAUUGAAAAGAAAAACGAAAGAGAUAAUGAUGUACUAAGAAAAAUUCGAUCGAACGAUUUAAAUUGAAAAAUUUUUACCAUCUGUAGUUGAUUUUGUUUGAUAACAUUAAUUAGAUCUUUUGAUAUUUGUUUAGUCUUGGUUUUCUUUGUUUGAUUUAUUGUAUUUCUUGUUGUUGACUUUGACGAACGAAACAUUUCAAUUUUCAUUCCACUUUCAAAACAUUUAGCUAACCUACAUGAAGAACAUACAUGACGAUUAUAAAUGUUGACUUGACAGUGACCAUCAAAGUGACAUUUCAAUGCUUCCUUAUAGAAUGAAUAAAAUAUAAUUAUUCUAUGAAAACAAAAAAUAAAACUGACUUGUCCAAGUUCAGCAUUUCGUCUGAAAAACAUUCUACAUGACUCACAGGAAAGAACACCAAAAUAGGAGUAACGAGCCGAACCUCCACAUACUUUACAUUCAGACGGAAUUGUCGUUGAUUUCUUAUUAAUAUAUAUUGAACAUGAUCUUACAUUUGUAUCGGUCAGUAAAGUUUCCAUGAAUUUGUGUGUUAACUUGUAAACUCUGUGAUCUAAUCUGUAUUAUUCAGAAAAAUAAUUAUGAUAAUAAUAAAUAGAAAGUAUUUAUCAACUUGAAAGCAUUUUUACAAGAAUAUAUAGCAAAGUCACAAGCUUCAAAGAAAAGCACGUCAGUUUAUUUCGUCUACAUACCAAUAAUUUCUUUUGUUUAUCAUUAAUCUUAUUAUCAUGUGUGUAAAACAGAUUUAUUUUUUUAACUACACUAUUAACUUAUAUACCGAAAGAAAGUAGAACAUCAUGUUCUCUUUAUCAUCCUUCCAUAGAAGAAUAAUAGACAAAAAAUUUUUUUGAACCCACAUUUUUUCUUUUCUUUCGUUACAUUUUAGAAACUUUUUCUAAUACGCUUAUGAGAAGACAAUUCGAAAUGAAUCAAAUGCAAGAUCAUAACUGCUCAUAUUGACUCUAAUAUCAAUUAAGUUGUUGAGAAAUGUCGAUUACCAUCGAUGUCGUUUUAUUAAAUUUUUAUCAUUCUUUCACAGUUUUCUUUGAUCUCACCGUUAAAUAUAUUAUUAAGGAUUGAAACAACAACGUGUUAGUCUAGACUAAAAGCAAACCUAUUCUUUCGACACAACUUAAGUACUGCCGAUUACAUAUCAUUUUCAUGUUAAUUCUCAAAAACUCUUUCAUUUCUAGUUUGAAUCUUUUGUUAAUAGGUUACGACAGUUAUAUCUAAUUUGAUAAUUUGCUUAUUUAAUCAAUCCAGAAAACGACAAACACAUUAUUAUUAAAGUUAACCAUUCUUAUGUAUACAAAAUAUGUGCUGGCCCUAGUAAAAAUAUGCUGUGAACAACACUGCUAUGGAAAGGUUUUAGCAAAUGUAGCUCAGUAUAGAUAUGAAUGAUUUUUUGUAGCAACUGAUUGCAUAGAAUAUAGAAACAGUAAAAGUAGCAUGAAGUAUUCUUCAUUGGAAAUCAGUGCUUCUUUUCGUAUUAUUGAUCAAUAUUACAAACGAAUCAGUUUAUGCAUAAUGUUUUAUGAACGUGUGUGUGUAUGUACUGCAGGUGCCGAUAUUCUUGUCAUCCACAUCCUUUAUUCAGACUUUUAUCAACAAAAUUAUGAAUUUAUUCCGUUUAGAAUAAAUCCGUUUAACUGAUGAAGGUCUCUGAUAAUUCAUCAUUACUAUGUUCUAUUGCCAAGUUUUUUUCAAAAUGGAUUUUACAGAACGAUAGAGAAGAAAUAUUUUUACCUAAAUUGUGUAGAAAGUGUUUUAAAAUAUGAAGACAUUAAAAGAAGCAUAAGUGAUAAAAUGCAAGUUUGAUUUUUGAUACUUAUUUACUCAAUAUGACUUUAUAUCUUUAAGUGAGAACGAUUUUUUGAAAGUGUUUGUUGAUCGAAUGAAGUUCGAUAGAAAUCGAAGAUGAUGCCAUCGCCUUCUUUUCGAAUUGAAAACCAAACACUGAAUAAAUGAGUUUUAUCUUCAGAGCGAUCGACAGAUUUUUGAAGAUUUGACACAAAGCUGUCGAUAUGGCCUACCUGUCGAGAAGAUCACUGGACUAGACAAAAAUUGUUGCCAUGGCUGCGAAGUUAUUGGAAAUCAAAUGUUGAUGCAUCGUCUUGUUAUUUGAGAGUAAUUUAACGAAUUCAUUCAAUUCUAGCAACUAAUGCGUGAAACGAACGUCAAUUUAGUGUUCUAAGACUUAUAAUAAUUGACAGAAGAACUUGUUUAGAUCCAAAAUAAUUAAUUAAAUACUAAAUUUUGCGAUUGUACUGUUUGUGACGUUACCGAUUGAAUUUACUGUGUGUCAUUAUUUAUACUCACUGCUUGGUUGCAUUGACUGUUCAUACAUAAUGUUUAACCACCUGUCUUUGUCAUUUCUUCUGUCAUAACAAUGUAUCAUUCAACUGUCUCUCCUUUACUCUCACUCUCUUUUCUUUUUCUACUCCUUCCUGGUUGCGUAUAUAAACGUGUACUUUGUAUGUAAGUGGAACGAUGGUACGAGAUGAAGAAACUCAAUACAGCGUAAUUUCAUCUGCGCUAGUAACUCUUCUUUCUAAAAUCGUUACACUGUUUCUCAAAUUGAUUGCCAAAUGUAAAUGCCUUUGUCUGAUAUCAUUAGUAUCACCUAUUCCUACAUUUUUUAUGCCUACUUUCUUGUACCUCUACGUUGUAUGCCUCAUGAUAUGUUAUUUUAGUUAUCAUGAUUACAUUUUUUCGAUUAUGUGAAACAGAACUGAUAUGAUCGAAGACAUUGCGUCUAUUGUAGCCUUUCUCCUGUGAAACAAAUUGUAUGAUUACUAUCUUUCUGUUUCUAUUUGCUAUUUUGUACAAGAACUUGCUAUUAUCCUAUCUUUAUGAAAAUAAGUUUAGUAAACAAUUUAAAUAGCAAUGAUACACUACUGUAGAGUUAUAGAAUUAACCUAUUACUCUCCAUAACGGUUUCAGAAGAGCUACUGAUAAAAUAACUAUAGAAAUGGAGUAUUGGUUUCUCUAAUAUGUCGAAGGUAUGAGUAUAUCAGUCGAGUGUUUAGCUUUUUGUGCAGGAUGCUCUGUUUAUUUCUAUGACCGUUGCAUCAUGAAGAGAAAGAGCCAAAUAGGUGAAAACUGUGUAAUUAUGAAAUAUCGCAUCUAUUUUGGACACAUUUUUAAAGUCGACAUUUGUUUUCCAUUUAGUCAUAAUUUACCUAUUGAAUGCAUUGAACGCAUGAUAAAUAGUAUUUCACCUUUUCAUGUGGCAAGGUUGAUGCAACAACUAGUCACACUAGCCUUCAUGGUUCUCUGUCUGCCCAAUAAUAGUUAUAUGGUCCAUUACCUAUCUUAUUGUCUAUAAUUCGCCGAGCCAUCGAGCAAUUUUCGAAAAAUAUCCAACUGAUUAGUACACUGUUUUCUUAAUCCAUAUCAUGCAGCAACUCCACAAGAUAUAUGUUACCUAUAAGUGGAGAACCUUUUGUUUUCUGUUUUAAAAAAUUAUGGACUGUGUACGCUUCGUAUUUCGUAGAUGAAGCGAUGGAAUGAAACAGUUCUUUCAGCAAGCGAUAGCUCAUGAAGUUUGCUAGAAAAUUGUUUUUCAACGUUUGUAAUUCUAUGUGACGAUUACUUUUCGGAACCGAUUCCCAAAUAGCCACUUCAGUGGCCAAGGGAGAGGGGUAUAGGAUUAAUAAACGACGAUGGUGUUUGAUUGUCUUCUUAAUUGGUGAACUGUUUUUUUCUUUUAAUAUAUGCUACCAUUGACAAUUAGCCAUAACUAUUUCUGAGUCAGUUUCCCAUUCAUUUUCUGGUCGAUUUCACAUGUUAUACAAGAACAAAGAAAAUUGAUGUUAUGUUAUUGUACAACACUGACUCGAAAUUCACAUUCAAUAUUGCUGCAUAGAAAAUGUCUACUGUUGGUUCCUAUAUAUCAAGACGUCAUCUUUUAUCAGUAAGAUCAUUUCAAAUAAUCAAAAUAGAUUUGCAUACUUUGUUUGAGUCACAAUUUAUUGGAUCAAUCAACACUCAUAUAUCAACGUUUAACAUAGGGAAAUUUAAAAGAAAAACUAUUAAUUGUCGAAUUAAUACGUCAAAUUUACCAUUAAUUAUUCGUGAAUUAUUUAAAGAUAAUAUUAUUUGUGGUCGUAGUUUACUUGCUCGUAAACAUUUUAUAUCCUCCUUUUGUCAAACAUAUCAACAAAAUGAUAAAAUUAAUUGUUUAAUAAUAACAACAAAAAUGUACUCUCUUCUUUUUUUCUAUUUGGUUACACGAUAUAGUAGCAUUACGAAUGCUUGUAUUUUACUUGACAAUUCUACUGAUGAUAGUGUGGAAUUACCUAUUGAAGUUUUCAAAGAAUGUGAGCAAAUAUUAUCACAGAUUAGUCCACAUGAAUUGGAUUCUGUAUUUUCAACAUUAAACACUUUAAUUCAUGAAUCAUCAUUAGAUAAGCGUACAUAA